AUGGUGAGGACAGAGGCGAAGCCGUGGGGGCAGAGCAAAAAGCCUCUUCUCCACGUAUCCAAGUUUAGCUUGUCAUUGUCCUCCAACGAGAAGCUCGAAAGCCUUGCUCUUGACUCUACGAGGUUAUCCCAUCCCUGUCUCCCCCCUCUCUUGAUUGUUUACUUUGGCGCGCCUACCCCUCCAGAUGAAUUUGGCUUCCAGAGUUCGACGUCUAACCCGUCGCAGAACAUGCACAUGACUGCGCACCUCACGCAUGCAUCUACCCAAUCACAUCUGCCGUACGCUGAGUUGAGGCUGUCCGCCUCGGUCACUGGGCCACACGCUUUUCGAUACACCGCAUGUCCGUUUUCAGCCGGCUUCAAAGUCCCCAUCCGGCGCCCUGAAACCAUUUACCUUUUUUCUUGGAUCCUGUUGCUCCACUGGGGCGGCCAGGGCAACUUUUUUAGACAGGCCAAUUGUCCGCGGGCCGGCACCAGGGUAGGGCAAGCAAAUAUUGGAACAAUGGCCUCUGGUGUUGUCGAGGGAGAGCCAUUGACACCCCAGUUGUGGCUUCAUCUGCCCUUUUUUUCGUUUCUUUCUGUAUUGGAUUUAUAUCGCUCAGCAGCUCUCCCUUCGGGAACUGCGACCAUGCCUUUGAAGUUGCGACCUUACAGCGUUGGCCAACGUGUUGAUCCCAGCAAGUAA